AAUGAUAGUACACGAGAGAACCUUUUUACUAACUUCCACUUGUACCGUUUGAAAUAGUGCUGUAGUGGCGAGGAUGGAGUCUCUAGUGCCCCGCAGCUUGUCUCUGGUCUCAGCCUGCUCUCUGUUAGCAUGUGGCCUCCAGAUGCUAGCUGCUUUUAUGCUAACGCAGAGGUUUGGCGGCCAGAGCUCCGCUGAGGACAGACGGCUCCUGCUGUGGUUGUAUUAUGACGUCAUUGUCCACCUGACGCUGGAGGGUCCGUUUGUUUACAUGUCUCUGGUCGGGACAGUAGAGACGUCUGAAGGGCCGCUCGCCGACCUCUGGAAGGAGUACAGCCGGGCCGACAGCCGCUGGCUCGGCUCUGACCCGUCCAUCGUCUCCGUAGAAAUCCUGACCGUCGCCCUCGGCUCUCUGCUCGGAGUCGUCCUCAUACAUGCGGUGCUGAAUGACAAAUACUACAGACACUUCGUCCAGAUCGCUCUGUCAGUGUGUGAGCUGUAUGGAGGAUGGAUGACCUUCUGUCCUGAAUGGCUUAUGGGCAGUCCCCACCUCAACACGUCACACUGGCUCUACCUGUGGGUCUACCUGGUGUUGUUUAACGGGCUCUGGGUCCUCAUUCCUGCACUGCUGCUAGUCCAGUCCUGGUUCUGCCUGAGGACCAUGCACACGUUCAGAGACCAAAGAGUUGCAACCAAAAAAAUGACAUAACAUAUAGUUUUGCAUAUGAAAGAAAAGUUCUGCAUUGAAUAGCCUAAAUAAAAGUUCAUAUCAUUUGUACAAUUGGUGGUGUGAAUCAGCAGUUGUGAAAUAAAUAUGAAACAUGAUACUUUUGAAAAACAAACAUGUUUU